UCCGAAAGCAGCGAGCCAAACAAAUUCCAGCGGAAAGCAGUGGUCCUCCUACAUCCGAAGCCCAAAACGGCCCCCGAAAAUGGGCUACCGCGAGAAAAACAUGCUGAUCGCGAGCUGCCUGCUGCUGGUGUGCUUCCUGCUCGUCAUCAUCGCCUUCUCGACGCCGUGCUGGCUGGAAAACGACGGCCAACUUCCGGACGCCACCUUCCAACGUAUCGGGCUCUGGCAGGUGUGCUUCAAGAACUUCGAGGAGCCGCACCACUGGUACGACACCAAGUUCACCGGCUGCUGGUGGGUCUUCGAGGAGGAAUACUACAUCAUCCAUGACUUUUUGCUACCUGGUUUCUUCGUGGCUACCCAAACUUUCUUCACCUUCUGCCUCACAUUCCUACUGAUCUGUCUGUUGUUCCUGGCAAGAUACAUCUUCACCGACGAAGAUGACCCUCACAUGGCCACCCUACUCUACGUCGUUUCCGGAUGCUCUGGUUUUUCAGCUUUUUGCGGCACAAUCGCAGUGGUGAUUUUCGGAGCUUACGGCGACAGCAGAUACUGGAUGCCCCACUGGGAGCACAAUUACAUCGGCUGGUCCUACGCACUGGCCGUAGUCAGUGUCCUGCUCAUGUGGAUCGCCACUGCCCAGAUUUACGCAGAGGCUCGAGUUUACAGGGCUAAGAACAGGCGCGAAAGGCAAAGGAGGGCUGCUUAUGGCCUGGGAUAAGAUUUUCAUCUCGAAAAAAAUAAUCGCAUUCCAAUCUUUUGUAUAUAAAAAUAUGUACUCCGACCAGUUAGGAUUUGACGAUUUGUAAUCUCUAUAAUAAUUUUUUGGAUAUUUCGACUAGUUGAAUCUCAAUUUAUAUUUAACUUAUGAAACGUCUGAAUUGACCUUCCAUUUCGACGGUUAUAUCACAAGCAGCUUAAUUUUGUACAUUAUUUUUGCAGAAAGCAGCAUAAUUGUAUGUUUACCCACUUUUUUUCUCACCUAAGGUUAAGGCUGGGAGAUGCAACACUUGCAUGAUAAUUGUAUCAAGUGUGCGCAUUGUUAUUUAAGCGGCUACUCUGUGACCUAAAAUCCGUCCAUUGUUGGUUUUACUUUUUCAGAGACUGGCUGGCAAAACGUCCCACGCCAUUGUAAUGGAGAGCAUUUUUUUUUAAUGUGAAGUGCACAAUUUGAAAACUUUCUUGAUAUUUUGUUCUGACAUUGGUUAGUUUAACAUUAGCAUAUUUUAGCUUCGGAGUGAAGAUCUGAUUUAGAGUAAAAAAAUGUAGCUCAGUGAAAGUGCCUAAUGAUAUUUCAAGGAAAAAAUUUUUGCCUUGUCUCACACAAUGCUGCCAUUUGUCUGGGCUUAAAAAGUAGAAAAUAGAAAAAAAUGAACAGUUGAAGAGAUACACAGAAAAAUGCAAUUAAAAAUUAUAUGCUAUAAGAACUGAAAUCGAUUAAUCCGUCCUCUCAUCUUUAAAUGAAAUAUCAACUUAAUUGUAAAGAAAUUAUUCUCUAUAGAAUAGGAUUUACUCAAAUACUAUUAUCAAGUUUUUGAUCUGCACCCAAUAUUUGUAUUUGUUGCGAGAAAGUUGAUUUUGGUAAAUAAAAUAAUUGAAAACUUUAACUAAA